AUGGCUACAUCACUGCAGCCCUUGAUAGUGAUAUGUGGGGCAACCGGUGUCGGAAAAUCAAAAUUAGGAGUUGAACUUGCCUUAGGGUUGGCGAACCAGGGCCACAGCAGAUGGCGGGGUGCGAGGAUCAUCAAUGCGGACUCCAUGCAAGUAUAUGCGGGCUUGGAUGUGGCUACCAACAAGAUUUCCCCGGCAGAACAGAUGGGCAUCGACCAUUUACUCAUGGACUUUAAACAACCUGGGGAACAAUACCUCGUUGGACAUUGGGUGCACGACGCCAUGCAAGCGAUCAAAGAGACCCACAAUCGCGACGAGAUACCCAUCGUUGUUGGAGGGACGUCUUACUGGAUACAGCAUUUACUAUUCCCAAAUCGACUCGUUAGUGAUGGCCCGCCUAACCCAGCCAGAGAUCAACAUUCUGGGCUGUUUCGGUCACCUGAACUAGAAAGAUCCAUUUCGCAACUCCCUCCUGAUCUUCUUGGCCUUUUCGAUCACUUGCCUGAGCACGCACCACCCGCGGUCAGCCAUCCCGAUGACGCCUUGUUACUCUACAAGCUUCUCCAGGCACUUGAUGAGCCGGUGGCUGCCAGAUGGCACUGGAGAGAUACUCGGAAAGUUCUCAGAGCCUUACGGAUUAUCAAAGAUCAGGGACGAAUGCCGAGUGAAAUUAUCAACGAGCAAGCCAGCACUCCUCUCUUUCCUCGAUACCGGACACUUUGCUUUUGGUUGCAUGCCGAGCAAUCCGUGCUAGAUCGGCGCUUGGACGAGCGUGUUGAUGGCAUGAUGAAGAACGGCCUACUACAGGAAAUCCGAAGAAUUUACGAAAAUGCCAGCUUUUCGGCUGGUAUUGACGGUGGUCGUAGUAACGAACACGACGGAAACAAAACUACAGCCGACUUCACACUUGGUAUUUUCCAGUCCAUUGGUUACAAAGAAUUCUACGAUUACAUUUCAGACCCAAACGCUUCGCGGGAGGAUCUCACCGAUGCCGUGGAGAAAACAAAACAUGCUACUCGAAAAUAUGCUAAGCGUCAAAUAUCAUGGCUUCGGAACAAGCUUUUACCUGCAUUACACAGCGUGGCAGCAGAAUGCAGAAGCAAGUCAUCGAUGGCGACGUUAUACUUACUCGACACAUCAGGCAAGUGGGCAAUUACGCACAAAGAGCACGUUUCCAACGUCUUGUCAUUAGUCCUUGGAGAAUCAUGGGUUUCGAACGUGUGUCAGCCCGCUCAAAUGAUCAUGAGUGCGUUCUUAAACGAGGAGGAACUUCCAGAUCCUAUGAUGUUAUCGCCCUUGGCACGAGUUAUGUUAUCUAAUGUGAACGAAGCACUGAGUCCCUCAGCAGUUCUUGAAGCUAGGCGACUGGUUAUGUGCCCGGUCUGCACAAAGAAUCCUUCACAGCCUGUUAUGGUCGAAGCAGCUGAGUGGGAGGCUCAUCGGAGGACUAGGCUACACCGACGACUAGCGGCGAAGACGAAAGAGCGGGUUUUUGGUACUCCACGGGGAAAUGGAGCACCGGAAUGUCAACCCCCCGGUGGACCUCUUCCUUCGUGA